AUGUAUCAAUUGGUCGUAGAGAAUACUCAAGUUUCGAUUUUCUGCAGAACUUCGUUAACGCAAUACUUCUUCCUCUUGGGAAUUCAAAAUACAUCUGCUACAUUCGCGAGUGCUUUCAUCAACAUGGUUCCGGUGAUCACCUUCAUAAUGGCGAUACCAUUUGGGUUGGAGACAUUGAACAUAAAAUCAAAUAGUGGAAGAGCCAAAAUAAUGGGUACCCUAGUAUGUUUUGGAGGAACUUUGUUAUUAACACUUUACAAAGGAAUGGCUUUGUUGAAUUCUCCACAUUCUUACUCAUCCCACAUCGAACAAGAUGCAAUGAGCUCAAGGAAGAAGACAGAGAAAUGGACAAUUGGGUGUGCAGCUAUGACUCUGGGAACUCUGUUAUGGUCCUCGUGGUUUUUAAUCCAAACCAAAAUUAGCAAAAAAUACCCUUGCCAAUGCACCAGCACUGCUCUCAUGGCCUUCUUUGGUGCCACCCAAUCAGCCAUCUUAAACUUGUUCAUGGACAGGAAGCUCUCAGUCUGGAUUCUUAAUGGGAAAUUAGAAAUUUUUGCUUUGCUAUUUUCUGGCAUGGUUGGUUCAGGGUUGUGCUACUUGGGACUGUCAUGGUGUGUGAAGAAAAGAGGUCCUCUGUUCACAGCUGCAUUCAGUCCUUUGGUUCAGAUAAUGGCAGCCAUUAUUGACAUUCCUUUCCUCCACGAGGAACUCCACCUUGGCAGCAUGUUGGGAUCCGUUAUCGUCAUGAUUGGUCUGUACAUUCUUCUGUGGGGAAAGAAUCAAGAAGUGAAGAAUCUGGGAAUGUCAAAAAUAGCUCAAGAAAAUGAAGACACAAAACAGCAAGAGCCUCAGCUUCAGGGCAUUACAGUCCCUAGAAAUAUAUAAUUUUUCUCAUCUUUGUCACCAUUCAAGGAGCUAAAGCUGCUCACCCAAUGAAAAUCACUAGUUUAUAAA